CGAGGCGCUUCGCCGGCGGCCCGUUUCCGGCGGGCGAGCGGCGGAGGCCGCCUGUCUUCCGUGUCCGUUUUGCCUGGCGUCCCCGUGUCUUCUCACCGCGUGGCCGCAUCCCCGCCCGAGGGCUGCUUUCCCCGCCCUUCCUGUCGAGUUGCCCCGACCCGACGGGGGCUGCGAAGGGCCACGUGGCGCCAGCGAGACGGCCCCAGCCGGCCUCGGGGUUUCCCGCGCGCGCAGCCUGGCAGCCCGGCGCUCGUCGCUGCUCCGGGCCGGCCCGGGGGCCCCCGACUCCCCGCUGGGCGAGCGUGACCUCCGAGGGCAUGCGGCCCGGGCCCAGCGCUUUCGGUUCUCGGAGGAGCCGGGCCUGGGGGCAGAGGGGGCCGUGCUGGAGGUCCGCGUCCCGCAGGUCCUCCAUCUCCAAUAUGGGAUGUAUGUUUGGCCCUGUGCGGUGGUCCUGGCUCAGUACCUGUGGUUUCACAGAAGAUCUCUGCCGGGCAAGGCUGUCUUAGAGAUUGGAGCUGGAGUGAGCCUUCCAGGAAUUAUGGCUGCAAAAUGUGGUGCUGAAGUAAUCCUGUCAGACAGUUCAGAGCUGCCUUACUGUCUAGAGAUCUGCCGGCAAAGCUGUGAAAUGAAUAACCUGCCACAGGUGCGUGUCAUUGGACUGACAUGGGGCCAUGUGUCUCAGGAUCUUCUGGCUCUACCACCACAAGAUAUUAUUCUUGCAUCCGAUGUGUUCUUUGAACCAGAAGAUUUUGAAGACAUCUUAACUACAGUCUACUUUCUGAUGCAGAAGAACCCCAAAGUCCAACUGUGGUCUACUUACCAGGUGAGAAGUGCUGACUGGUCACUUGAAGCUUUGCUCUACAAGUGGGAUAUGAAAUGUGUCCACAUUCCUCUGGAGUCUUUUGAUGCAGACAAGGAAGAUAUAGCAGAAUCUGCCCUUCCAGGAAGACAUACGGUUGAAAUGCUGGUCAUCUCCUUUGCAAAGGACAGUCUCUGAAUUACCACCUACAUACAGGCUGUUCUGGGAUGACGUCAAUACUAAUUAGCAACCUGGCAUGCCAACUAGACUCAGACCACUUUAACUUCUUGGGCGUACAAAAAAAAAAAACAACAUUGGAUUUGAAGAUGGUCCA